AUGCCUCGAUCAAAGGCAUUGCCAGGUCCCUCACGCCUCUCCCAAAUCCUCAAAUCCCUCAACCAAUCACCCAAACCCCAACUCCCCCCCCUCAAGUCUCUCAAACUCACCCUCGCUUCCCGGAACGACCAUUUCGGUGCUCGACAUUUCAUCAAAGAAGACCUCCCCCGAAUACGUUACGCAAACCCCGACCUCGCUAUCCAGAUCGAGAAAAUUCCACGUUCAUUAGGUGAUAAAUGGCCAGCUGAACUGCUCCUCGAAUUCAAAAACGGCACGAAAUCCACCCUAAACGUAUCAGACAAAUGGUCAACAGCAAUCUUUGAGGACCUCAUGUCCCGUGCGGGUGGUGAGCGGUGGCAAGCUUUCAAAGCUGAGCGUCGAGUUGCCGGGAAGGAGCCUGUCAUUCCAACACCCAAGGUACGGUCUGCACAAGUACCACCGCCGGAAGAGAUAGCAGGGAGGAAGGGCGUUGCAGCUGCUUUGCCGUAG